AUAACGAAUUUACGAGGUUUCCAUUCGAAGCAAUCGAGAUAAGCCUGAAAAAUUGCUCCGAUCGCGGUAGCUAUCAGAAAUGAAUUAUCAAUAUAGAUUUCCGAUUAACAUAAACAAUUACGUGGAUGCUCAGAUGGAAUGAAAGAUAGUAGGUAUUUACAUGUGCACUGGAUAGCCUAUUUCAAUCUAAUCUGACAGUACCUUCUGAAGGUUGUGACAGAAACAUUAUGGUGUUCACCAAAAUUUAUGUCGCUCCCGUAAUAUUAGGGAUUUGGUUUCCUUUGACGUUUACCACAACGUACAUUGUUGCCGUUUGUACACACCAUGUCAGGCCUAUUCUCCCUUACAUUAGCGACACAGGAACUUGGGCUCCGGAAAGUUGUAUUUUCGGAAUCAUGCUUACUUUUGGAGGAUUCUUGACAACAAUCAUAGUUUAUGUCAGGUACAGACAAGUUAGAGAUAUCCUUGAAAAAUUUGAUUUCACUCCCCGCACACAAAAGGUGAAUGAAUGGACAGCAUACUUGGGAUGUAUCGCCGCAUUUGGUUGUAUAAUAGUGGCAGAUUUUCAAGUAACCAAUGUUUUCUCCGUCCACUUGAUAGGAGCGUUUUUAUGCUUUGGAUUAGCAAAUGUCUAUCAGAUCAUUCAGGUAGACUAUAUUAUCUAUAUUGAUUUGAAUAAAUAA